AUGUUAGGUCUUAUGCAGCAACAUGCUGAUCUAUCUGAUAAGAUGCUAAAUAUUUGCUUUUUGCAGGUUGGAUGGUUAUCUGAAUGGUGUAUUAACGUUGCAUUAUACGUUGAAAAAAGUCAAAACUCGGUACCCACUUUUAGUGAUUUAUACAAGUGUAAUGUUGUCGUUUGUUCUGUGAUUAAUUUAAGAACAUGGCAGAAGUGUACGUCUAACGCUUUGUCUAUUUUGCAAAAAUCGGGUAUUAAAAUUAAGUAUGUGGAUACGCUAUAUCCGGGAAAAGUUCAAGACUAUGGAGCUGAUACACGGAGAUUUAAUGAAUGUUUUAACAAGCUGCGUGCUUUUUCGUUAUUUGAGUAUGAAAGAGUUGUUUUUAUUGAUUCGGAUAUGAUUUUUAUGAAGAAUGCGGAUGAAUUAUUUGAUAUUCAUCUUGAUAAAGGAUGUAUUGCAUCUGCACAUGCGUGUGUUUGCAAUCCGCGUAAAAGGCCGCAUUAUCCUAAGAAUUGGCAGGAAAAUCUAUUAAGGAUUCCUUUAAAUUGUGCUUAUACUGCGCAACAGGAGAUGCCUCUUGAUUCACCUGUAGUUCCUUGUACAUUCGGCAUUCGGAUGUUGAAUUCUGGGCUUAUUGUUUUGAAUCCAAAUCCUGAUGAAUUUAUUUUAAUUCUCGACCAUGUCAAAAAUAGUGAUAAAUAUCCCGCAACUAUGCUUAGUUUUGCUGAACAGAGUUUGUUGAGUUACAUUUAUGAAGAAAAAUGGCAGCCUUUACCAUAUAUAUAUAAUGCUUUAAAAACACUACGCACUGUACAUGACAAAUUGUGGAAUGAUAAGGAUGUUAAAAUUGUACAUUAUAUUCUCGAUAAGCCUUGGUCUGAGGAAAAUGAUGGCUUAAAUUCAAAUGAUCCGACACAUGCUUGGUGGUGGUCAGUAGAAAAAGAAAGAAAGGCAGAGAUGAAUUCAAUUGCACAUUAA